ACUCCUCACCAGUCACCACCAUCACAGCACAGCACAGCACAGCAGAGUACUCCUACUCCAUCAUCGCCACAACUUGAGACUUGAGAGUGAGUGAGAGCGAAGACCAAGGACGGCCAUGGCGGUGCUGAGGAAGGAGGCGGUGCUGGCGGCUCUGAUGCUGGCGCUGGUGGUGCUUGCGGCGGCGCCGGGCGGGGCGCGCGCGGCGUGCGACGCGUCGCAGCUGGCGGUGUGCGUGUCGGCGAUCACCGGCGGGGCGCCGCCGACCACCGUGUGCUGCGCGAACCUGAAGGCGCAGCAGGGGUGCUUCUGCCAGUACGCCAAGGACCCCGCCUACGGCCGCUACAUCAAGAGCCCCAACGCCCGCAAGACUCUCGAGUCCUGCCACCUCGCCGUCCCAACCUGCUAGGCGCCUGAGCCUAGCACCCACAUACUCUUGCUAUAUCCGUCUGUCUGUGACGAGAUUAGCAAGCCUAGCUGAGUGACUGAGUGAGUGAGCGCGUACUCGCAUGUGGUGAGUGCUAUAUGCUCGUAUUGUUGGAAUAAAAUGAUGAUUUGCUA